AUGCAACCCGAAGAAGGGAAGAAAAUCAGAGGGUUGAGAAUAUACAGAGAGCUCGCGGAAGAAUAUACAACCCGCCCUGCCCAGCACAUAGAAGAGCUUGAAGCGGUAUGUGUUAAAGAAAUUUGGGAUUCAGGCUAUGUUGUCAAUUUUUGUACUCAGUUUCGCUCAUAUUAUAGUGUCAAGAAACUGUCGACCGAUCUCCAGAAUGCCAAAGAGAUUUCGCAUCUCGUAAGUGCUUGUAUGGAGAAAGAUAAGCGGCUUUCUGACAGUCAAAGAAUUUCUCAAACAGCUUACGAAAUGAUCGGGCAGAGAAGUUACGACUGGGAACCGAACUACAGCAUGCUGAGUGGCAGAGAUCAAACUCUCUCAAUAUUCAGCGAACGCAUCAAAAUUUUUGAAAUACUUGUUAGACGGCAACAGUUUGAUUCUGAGUGUAGUCGCGAACGAAUCGAUCAUAUAAAAUCGAAGUAUCACUAUUUCGACACACUCUUUCUCAGAUAG